AUGGAUGACGGCGGCUUGAACUUUGCCAUCAAGGCAGUACAAGAUGACACCGUCGUCUCGCUCAUUGUGCGGCCGGCGGUGGAUGGAGAAGGAGGCGGCGUGGGCUGCAAGUUCUAUUGUCGCCUGCGCCUGCCGCUGCCCGAGUAUCUGGUGCUCUUUGGCGUGCCCAGCACCAAAGGCACCACACCCUCCAGCCACGUGGGCCUGGCCAUGUCCCUCCAGUUGUCCUCUGCGGCCGCGCCCGUCGACUUGGGCGCCAUCAAUGACACCGUCCCCUUUACAUCCCUCAUCGACCUCAGGUCUGUGCUGAAGGACCGGCAGGAUGACAUGAAAGAGCUGCAGGAGAUGGGCUUGUCGUGCAAGCUGGUGCUGGAUGGCACAGUGGAUGGAGCCAUGGGCGAUGACGAGCCCGCGUCCCCGGCAUCGCAGCCGCUCACGCAGUGCGUCUGGACCACCAUCAGCACCCCGCCAGAACAGAAAUACGCGAUGAUGCCGCCUGUCACCGAGACGCCGGAUGCCAAACCACGUUCAGCCACAGGUGCCCAGCGCCCCAUGAAGAAGAACCGCAAGCGAAACGCCAACGACGACAACGACGACACCGACGACAACGGCAACGAUGAUGAUGAUGACAAUGACAACACCGCUCAUGAUGCUGUGGAAGAGCACGACAAACGCGAUAGCGGCUGCCAUACACUCGCUAGUGCAGAUCACAGCGACAGUAUGCUGUCGGGUGCGUGCGCUGACGUCACGCGUGAUGGCGACGACGACAAGGGGAUGCCUGCAGGCACGGAUGAUAGUGACACUGCAUCGACGAGCGCAUCACAGGCCACUCCCACCUCAAAACGCGCCAAGCGGUCAGCAGCAACACCGCGGGGGAAGACGCGCAGCACACGCGCAUCCCCAAAACAACAGCAACACCAGCAACAGCAACAGCAACAGAGCGAUGACGAGAUCACCCCGACGAACAGCAGCAGUGGAAGCAGCAGUAACAACAGCAGCAGCAGUAACAGCAGCAGCAGCAGUAACAGCAGCAGCAGCAGUAACAACAGCAGCAGCAGUAACAGCAGCAGCAGCAGUAACAGCAGCAGCAGUAACAGCAGCAGCAGUAACAGCAGCAGCACAGCGAGAACGGCACGGCGCGUGCGUGGACGAGGAGGAAGAAGUGGCGGCGAUGACAGCGCGACGCAAUCGCAGACGCCGGUGGCAGUGGACGAAGACCUGGAGGGAGCGCGCCCGUCUGCGCGCUGGGGCCACACGAUGUGCAGCGCGGGCGAUGAUGCCGUGUUUCUGUUUGGUGGACAGGGAUUCGAACAGCUGUGCAAGGACGCAUUCUGGAUGUUUGAUGGCGAGCGCUGGGUGCAGCCAGAGACGAGCGGAUCGUCGCCGGGCGCCAGAAUGGGCCACUCGUGUGUCUACGACCCGGAGUGCGAGCGGCUGAUUCUGUUUGGCGGCGCCAAGUACCGCCGGUUCUUCAAGGACGUGCAGUGCUACGACAUCAAGACACAGGAGUGGUCGUGCCUCAAGGUGCAAGGCGGCAAGGCGCCGGCGCUGUCGUACCACAGCUGCGUGCUGUUCCAUAAUCAGCUGAUGAUCUUUGGCGGGAACUAUCCAAACCCAGACCCCAUCCCCGACGGCUGCAGCGCACAGCUCUACUGCUUUGACCUCGAGAAGCGGCUUUGGUGCAAACCGAUCCUCGUCGGCGACAUCCCGCCAGCACGAUCAGGCCACUCUGCGACGGUCGUGGACGGCGAACUCAUCAUCUUCGGCGGGUGGGAUGCGCCCGAGUGCUACAAUGACGUCUACAAACUCGACCUGACCCUCAUGGAAUUCAGCAAACUCAACGUCGCCGGCACCCCGCCCCCGCCCAGGACGUGGCACAUUGCGUUCCACGCCGUGUACAAGAGCCAUGACGCCGUCUUCAUCCACGGCGGUUACAACGGCGACGAGUCGCCCAUCGUGGAGCUGGCACAGAUCCGACGCGCGUCCCUCGCCGUUCUCCCAGAGCUCGAUCAACACAUGGGCAACAAGCCCAGAUGGCGACCCGAGGACGCCACGGAUGAGAUUAUCCGCCAGGAGGCCAAGGACACCUCAAACGUGCGCGUGUUCCAGUACUUGAACUUGCCAGCAGAGCUUAUCGACGAAAACACGAUCGUGGAAGCCAGUCGACAACGGUUUGAGAGCGCGGCCGCAAGCCGCAAGGUGGCGAGACCGACAACCCAGGCCAGUCGCUCGCCGCCAAACCCACAAGCAACUGCCAGCCUGAAGGAGGCACGCAAUCGCCGCCUAGGCUAUGGUGCAUGGUACCGAAAAGCAAACAACUGGGGCAAAGAGCCGCGCAACGAGGACGAGCUGUUCUCCACAAAGGCGUCACCGCUGAGCGAUAAGUUGCGGUCAUGCACCAGCGCCGCCCGCUUUGCUGCGUUUGCUCAAGUCCAAGACGGGCGAAAGCCAUCGUUCUUGCAAAGUGUCUUGGAAGAUUCGCCGCAACCCCGGACGAAGCAGUAG